GAGUGUCAAUUUUUUGGAAACUUGAAUCUCACAUAAAGAACCUUAGUAGUUCUGCAUUUAACAAUUGAAAAGAGCAAAGUUUGGAAAUUUGGGAAACUUGAAAGCAUAGCAGAGAGAUCACAUCGCGGCUCUCUCAUGUCUCAACCCAACCACCCGCUGAAUCUAAAUGAUGAUAACAGAGAGAGAUGUAAGAAUACAAUCAAACAGCAUGAAGAUAAUCUUAAGUUUCUUAAUUCUCAAUCAAAUCAAUUAGCUGAAUCAAUAUUUGACUUGCAAGUGAGUCUUGCAAGGUACCAUUCAACUAAUGUAAUUACGUUAGAGAAUGGAAAUGGUGCCUUUCAUACUGAAGAGGAAACAAUGGAACAGGUAAUGAAGAAAGAGAACUCUGCUGCUAGUAUAUUUAGUUGGCUAAAAGUUAAUGCACAGACAUCAAAUUUGACAUUAACAAAGGAUGUUGUGGGAGUUGUUGCAACCCUUGCCAAAGUUGAGAGCGAUGAUCUUAGCAGGAUUCUUUCUGAAUUUUUGGGCUUGGAGACAAUGCUUGCAAUUGUGUGCAGUUCUUAUGAAGGCAUUAAUGCACUGGAGAAGUAUGAUCCUGAAGGCUUGAUAAACUGUAAUGGUGGAUUGCAUGGUAUAGGGUCUUCAAUUGGAAAGAGAAUAAAUGGCCGAUUUGUUGUCAUAUCUCUUGAAGAUAUAAGACCCUUUGUUGGAGGUUUUGUAGCCAAUGAUCCACAAAAGAAAUUGGCUCUCCCAAAGCCAAGAUUACCUAAUGGGGAGUGCCCACCUGGGUUUCUUGAUUAUGCGGUGAACAUGAUCCAUUUGGAUUCAAAAUAUUUAUCUUUUCUUACUGACAGUGGGUACGGUCUUAGAGAGACGCUGUUUUAUGGACUUUUUUCUCGCCUACAAAUAUAUAAAACCCGGAAUGAAAUGCUGCUUGCUCUCCCAUGCAUUCACGACGGAGCUUUGUCCUUGGAUGGUGGGAUGAUUAGGGGACGUGGCAUGUUUGCUCUUGGUAGUAGGAAAGAUGUAGAAGUGAAGUUUCCUCUAAUUUCGGGAGGAUCUGAUGUACCUCCAAACUAUAUUGAAACUGAAGAGGCAGUGAGGAAGCUGAAUUGGGAAACCUCUAAACUUGCUGCAGAUAAACACAGAGAGCAGCAAUUAUUGGAUUAUAGGAAAGGGAAACUUCACUAGGCAAGCCUGAAAAGUUAUUUAUGGAAAGUUACCUUGCAAGACAUGGUAACAACUAACCACAUCCAAUUUGUGUGCAUUAGCUGUUAAUUUUGCAGAACAUAGUUCAUGAGGGAUAUGUCCCAAAGAAAUUAGACAGGUGUGCAUAAAUAGACAUCACAUAGUGAACUUCUUGAUGUAACUUAAGCAAGGAGCUAUGCUUGCUUACUGUCCGUGUCUGUUGUUAUGUCUGAUUCUUAAUUUCAAUCAGGAGAAACCUUGGAUAGUUAGCUUCUCCAUUUGAAUGAUGCAACUUGCUGGGGAGGGGACUGCCACUUUCUUGAAAAUGAACGUUUGUCACAUGAGUACAUCCAAAUUCCUGUGAUCUUCA